GUGUGCGCGCACAUGUGUAUAUGUGUGUGCGUUUGCGUGUGUGUGUGUGUGUGUGAAAGGAUUAAACUGAAAAUACUUAAAUUAUAGCAGAUAUACAUUGUUUAUAUUUAAGGUGUGCAACCUGAUUCAGUAUACAUAUGCAUUGUGAAAGAAUCACUACAAUCAAGCUAAUGUGACUCCAUUUUGGACUGUUUUCACCUCCAUUCUUUUCAACACUACUGAACAUCGUAGCUUAGCCCAGCCAGUUUCUACUGAAUGCAUAUUGCUUUCACACCAUUGUAAAGUCAAAAAAAUCAUAAGCAUGAAAAAUCAUGAAUAAAAGUAUGUGUCAUGUUUGUUACGCCAUGACACCAACAAAAACUUACUAAAUAACCAAAUUUCACUUUCAGCCUUUUCCAGAGAUGGAAUUAUAAACCACUUAAUUUGGAAUUUCCUGAUCAGCACUGGUAAGGUAAUCUGCCUGAUAUGACCCCCUGCCUUCCCCUGAAUGAAGGUCUCCUGCUUAAAAUAAUCCAGUCUUUAAGUACAUAGUCCCACUGUCUUUCUGCCUAUAAAAACCUUCCAUUUUGUACAACUCACCAAAGCACCUUUCUAGUUGCUAGAUGGCAUGCUGCCCAAUUCCUGAAUUGCUUAAUACAGCCAAUUAGAUCUUCAAACUUACUUGGUUGAAUUUUGUUCUUUAACUCCUGCCCCCAGGGCCUUGCCAUUCGUUUGUACCUAGAGGACUGUCUUUGAUGUAUGACCCCUUUGCUCCAGGCUCUUCUCAGAGUGACCCCCAGUGUUCUAGAUGAGGAGAUAAACAGGUGCACAGAGUAAGGCUGUCCCCUCUUCCUCCACCACUGCCAAUCAGUUGGAACACUGCACCUCCCACAUCUAUUCCUUUCUUCACUGCCUCAGACUUCUUAGCUCUAAGAAAAGGGAAAGGACACUGACUCUGCUCUUUAGAUUCACACACUAAUCCCCACGGACCUGUGAAGACCCACAGGUGAUCCUGGUGACUGAGAUGUCCUCCUCUCUGAAGGUCCCAGGUCCUCUCUUGCUGCUGCUGUUCCCCUUAUGUGGGCUCCAUGUACACAGCCAGAACCUUUCCUGGAGGGAAUUCAUGAAACAGCACCACCUGAGCACAAGCUGGGAAUUCAAUGAGUACAGAUGCAAUGAUCUCAUGAGAGAAAGAGAAGCUCCGAAAGACAGGAAUGACAUCUUCCACCUCUUCAUCUAUAUCUCUUGGCACAAAAUCAAGCACAUAUGCAUCAGAAACUGGAGAGAUCACUACAGAAAUGUAUAUAUAUGGGCCCAGUAUCCCUUCAAAAUAAUCAAGUGUUACCAGGGGAAUAACAAAAAGGGCUACAAAGAGCACAGGAGUUACAGCUACAUUGAAUUCCAUUGUGGCAUGAACGGGUUUGUUGAUAGCAUAGAGGACAUCCGGCUGUUAGAGGUUAUCAGUAGCCUCUAACCACAUGCCCUGGUUUUAGUAGAGUGAUGAGUGUUUCCCAAGUGGUGGGCCCUGCCCACAUGAAUAGCCCUUACUAAUCACUACUUUGCAUUUAUGUGCCAAUGUUUUCCAACCACUUAGAGUAAUGUAUCACAUGGUUUCUUAAUAUUAUAACUUUACCUAUGUUGGUUCUCUGCCUGGAAUUCCUUUCUGUUGUCA